ACUGCGGAGCCGCCCGGGCUGCAGUCCCGCCAGGGAGCCGGCAGGGAGCGGAGCUGCGGAGCGCCUGGUUUCCCGCAUCAGUCGGUCCAUUCCUGUAUCCUGACCAUCUGAAGCGCUGCAGGAGCAGCCACGAGAUAGAAGCCGGGUGGCAUGGCAGCAAGCACAGAUGUAGCUGGGCUGGAGGAGAGCUUCCGCAAGUUCGCCAUCCAUGGUGACCCCAAGGCCAGCGGGCAAGAGAUGAAUGGCAAGAACUGGGCCAAGCUGUGCAAGGACUGCAAGGUGGCUGAUGGAAAGGCCGUGACAGGGACUGACGUCGACAUCGUCUUCUCCAAAGUCAAGGGAAAGUCUGCUCGGGUUAUCAACUAUGAGGAAUUCAAAAAGGCCUUGGAAGAGCUGGCAACCAAGCGGUUCAAGGGGAAGAGCAAGGAGGAGGCUUUCGAUGCCAUCUGCCAGUUGGUGGCAGGCAAGGAACCAGCCAACUUGGGUGUCACUAAAGCAAAAACAGGGGGUGCUGUGGACCGGCUGACGGAUACCAGCAAGUACACAGGUUCCCACAAAGAGCGCUUCGAUGAGAGUGGCAAGGGCAAGGGCAUUGCUGGACGGCAAGACAUCCUGGAUGACAGUGGCUAUGUGAGUGCCUACAAGAAUGCAGGCACCUAUGAUGCCAAGGUGAAGAAGUGAGGCCAGGGAAGGCGCCCACUGCACCUGCCCCUGCCAGAGGCUCAGGCCUGGGCAUAAGGGGCACAUGGAGCAAAGAAGCCCGGUCCCUUUCCUGCUGGACCUGCCACCCAGAGCUUCCUGCCCAGCCCCAUGAGGCCAGCCUACCAGCCCUCUGACCCAGACUACUCUGUGUCCCUCUUCCUCCUCCUCUUGCCUCUCCAACUUCUAAGGAAUCCUGUGCCUAUAGCCUCACCACCCCAACCUGGUCCUAGGCAUGGCUGACUUCUGCCUGCUUGCCUCAUAUUUAAGCUGCUGCUCUGGCCAAGUGCCUAAUUCUUACCCAGACCUCAAUAAAGACACUUUUUGUACCAA